CCUCGCUCUGUGCUCGAUUGCUUUACCCUGAGAGUCAGCUCGGUUAUUUCGGUGUCGAUUACACUCCCCUGUGCUAGGUAGGGCCUUCGCUCUGGUGCGAGUUUAGCGCUUUCUGUUACUUCGUCUUCAUCCCAUUUUCAGUCUUGUGGGUAAUUUUACUUUCGUGAACGAUGGCGGACGACGAAUUGGAGGCAAUUAGGCGGCAAAGAAUGGCGGAGCUGCAGGCAAAGCACGGGGAUGGUUCGAACAAUCAGCAAGGAGAGGAGGCCAAACAGAGAGAAACAGAUAUGAGGAACUCUAUAUUGGCUCAAGUUCUCGACCAGUCUGCCAGAGCCAGAUUGAGCAAUCUUGCUCUGGUGAAGCCGGAUAAGGCCAAUGCAGUUGAAAACUAUCUCAUUCAAAUGGCUCGUUUUGGAAAGUUAGCAGGAAAGAUUUCAGAGUCAGGCUUGAUCGAAAUUCUCGAGAAAGUCAGUCAGCAAACGGACAAGAAGACAACUGUCAAAUUUAACAGGCGGAGGGUGAUGGACUCGGAUGAUGAGGAUGAUUACUAACUCUAACCCGGAGCCCUGGAAUGAGCCAAGAAAUCAGGAGAGGAUCUGCUUUACUGGGACUCUAAUAGCAUCUUUGACUAGCUGAAUCCUGGGAUGCCACACUACCUUCUGUGUGUCCCUGGAAAGUAUGUACCAAGAGGGAAGAACAACAAAGUGGAGCUGACAUCAUGGCAUAAGUGGCGGGGAGUAGAAUGCACACAGUGUCAAAUAAGGUGUUAUUUUACAAGUUUCUCCAAAUGUGCACUGCUUGUGUUGUAUCCCUGAUAGCUCAUGGCACUGUUUGACUCCUCUACUCCCUCUCAGUAGUUACUCUUUUUUCAUUAUUUUCACCAUGGUUGACUUCUUUUCUUUAAUCACAAGAAGCUAGAUAAAAUGCAAAAAUGUGCUGCUGCUGGUACAUUUUAUCUAGACUGUUCUGUGAAUACAAUGCAUUGUUCUCUUUACAGGGUUGGCCUCCCAUUAGCUUUGGAUGUUGCACUUCGAUAUUUUUCUUUGUUCACAUGUAUCUCAAAGGUUUACAUAAAAAAAGCCUUAAAUUCAAAUGUUUUGUUUUUCUAGCGAAACAUUUCUAAAAUAAUCAGUUAUGAUAUGAAUAUGUGUGUAAACCUUUUGAAAAGGUUUUGGGUUUUUACACAUAUUGUGUUCUCUUGAGUUGUGGCACACAAAUAUUACAGCUGUGAGUCUGCUCAGCACAAGAACAUGAAACUUUGCAGCAUCAUCAGUAUCCUCAUAACCAUUUAUAAAAAGUUUAAUUACUUUGUUUCUUAAUGGAUGAUUGAGAGUUUUUUUUUCUUUUUUUUUUUUUGAAUCAACAAUGUCAUACUUUGGAUUUUGUUUAAAGCAAGAGUUGCCAGAUUCCCAAAUGUAUCCAACUACUUUUGAAAUAAAAAGCAUGAAGGUCAAACGUGA